UCGCUUUCCACGACGUCCCUUACCUACAACUCCCACUUUCUCCCCAUACUUUCACUGAAAAAUGGCCAGUCGCAGACCUUCCUCAAACCUGGAGAUGACCUCGACCAUUCCCAACCGUAGGGGAUCAGAAAGACGAGGAUCAGACAGGCGUGGUUCUGGUUUCUCGUCUCGGAGACCAUCUAUUGAUCCAUCGAGGCUUAUUCCGAUGGACAAAGCCUCCCAUGUUGGUGGAACAGAUGAUUUCAAUGUCGUCUUCAUUGGCGCGGGAAAUAUCAUGUUUGGCUCUGACGAAGGUCCUUGGAACCAUUCUUUCCGUUUCGAGCACAAACUGGGUCUCCGUCUUAAAGUCGUUGCCCUCAUCGAUCCCGCAAUUGAGCGGGCCAGAGCAGUCCUGCAGAAGAAAUGCGACUCUUUCGUCGUCUCUGCCUACCAAGGCACUCGUGUAUUCAAGACACUUGACGACUUUGUCAAGAACAUGUCCUCAAAGGACCGUCCCCGUGCGGUCAUUGUUGGCUCCCCACCGAUGUUUAGAGGGACUAUCCAACCCGGCCGUGACGUUGAAAUGCAGAUCCUCAAAUAUUUUCCAGGUGUAGCGAUGUUUAUUGAGAAGCCCAUCGCAACUGGUCCAAAGGCAGAAAUUGAGCAGGCUUUCACGAUCGCUAAGCGUAUCUCCGAUAGCAAAGCUGUCUGUUCUGUCGGAUAUAUGCUGAGGUAUUUGAAGGCUGUUCAGAUGAUGAAACGAAUCAUCGAAGAAAAUGAUCUCACUGUCAUGGCUACUAUUGCCCGCUAUGCUUGUGCCUACGAGGCUAUCGCUAAGCUUGACUGGUGGGACAAGUCCAAGAGUGCAGGACCUAUUGUCGAGCAGGGGACCCACUUCUGUGAUCUCUCACGCUACUUCGGUGGUGAGGUCGACAUCUCCUCGGUCACUGCACACUCCUUGGAAUGGGAUGAAAAUGCAGGGCAUUUGUCCAAAAUGUCGGUUGACGAAAGCCAGAUUGCACCUGAGAACAGGAUUCCUCGUGUCACAGCCGCGACCUGGAAAUACGACUCCGGGGCCGUGGGCAGUUUCACCCAUGUCGCCACACUCCAAGGCCACAACUACAGCUGCGAGCUCGAGGUUCAUGCCGACGGCUAUUCAUUGAAGCUAGUGAACCCUUAUGUUCAACCUAUGCUUUACGUCCGCAAGCCUGGUGAUGAUCAUGAGCAGAUGAUAACUUUCCCUGAUGAUGACCCAUUCUUCUCUGAGAUCUCCAACCUGAUCGACAUCAUUGAGGACAUUGAAGAAGAUCCGGAAGCUGCUCAAAUUCUCAGCACCUACGAAGAUGCUUGCAAGACCUAUGAGCUGACUUGGGCCAUCCGCGAGGCCAGUGAGCGUUCCCGUGAUGCUAAAUUGGCUAGGAGCAAAGCUGCAGCUGAGGCCGUGAAAGAAAGCACUUGAAUGAAAACGAGCUUAAUGAGUAAUGCUCCAAACAAAGAAGUUUGUAAGACAUAUUUAGACUGGGCGGCUUUUGGAACCUCAUAGAAUUUUUAUGCCUUGAGGUUAUGCCCCCGACGAAAUGCAAGUAACUUUUCCAUUGGAUAGUUUUUCCAUAAGCACUUCUUUUGAUGAUCAGGCUCUACAUAUAGUACAAAGUUAAGAAUUUAUUUAGAGACAAGAUCACAACACCUUCUCUACACCAUCAGGUA